GGCAAUCCCGGCGUGCACCGCGGCGCCAGAGUCGGUGAUCCAGCACUCGGCGCGGAUGCCAAGAGUAGCGGCAGUGGCGGCGGGGCUUGUUUGUGUGUGUGUGUGUUUGUGUUGGCGGCCGGAGACGACGAGGCGGGUUCGGCAUGGAAGUGAAGGAUGCCAAUUCUGCGCUGCUCAGUAACUACGAGGUGUUCCAGUUACUAAUGGAUCUGAAAGAGCAGCGUAAAGAAAGUGGAAAGAAUAAACACAGUUCUGGGCAACAGAACUUGAAUACUAUCACCUAUGAGACAUUAAAAUACAUAUCGAAAACACCAUGCAGGCACCAGAGUCCUGAGAUUAUUAGAGAAUUUCUCACAGCGAUGAAAAGCCACAAGUUGACCAAAGCUGAAAAACUUCAACUGCUGAAUCACAGGCCUAUGACUGCUGUUGAGAUCCAGCUGAUGGUGGAAGAGAGUGAAGAACGGCUCACAGAGGAGCAGAUCGAAGCACUCCUCCACACUGUCACAAGCAUUCUGCCUGCAGGGCCAGAGGCUGAGCAGAAGAAAAAUACCAACUGUGAUGUGACAAUGGAUGAAGAGGACCCAGCAUAGAAGAGCACAGCUGGCCCAAACAUCUCUUAAAGUUGAAAGGCCCAACAGCCAUUUUUCAGACAUGGAGAAUUGUUUGGUUUUAGCCUCUACCCCAACAGAUCUGAUUUCAUGGUUAGUUGGGUAAGUCACAAAAAUAAGCCUUUCUCAAAAAUAAGCUGAAAAGAAACACUUUGCUUCCAGAAGAAGAAACAUGGUGAAAACAGGCUGAGGUUGUCAGUGCAGAGAGCUAAAGAAAAGAGGGCAGAGUCAAAGAGUACAAUGAGUGUGGAAUCCUCUGUGGUAAAAAAAUUUCUUCAGUGGCCUUUGUUACAGUUGUGGGAAAGUCCCUAUUCACACCUAGUAAAAUACUUACAUUGACUUUGAUGGACUGUAUUCUAAUUAAUUUCUUCUGCUUCCCUAGGAACUUCUCAAGCAGAGGCACAGAAUGCUGUUAGGAUGAAAACUGAGUUAUGGGAUGCCAGUUAGAUGGCUACACACUCCCAGAGCAGCUCCUGGUUAAAAUGAGCCACUGAGCCUGGUUCACCUUAGAUGAAUCUUCCUUGAGAACAGCUGAAAUAAAAAAAGAAUAGAUCUGGCCAACUCUUCAUCAGGUCUAAAGGCCCCUUUUCCUCUGCUGGCAUGGACUUUGUUUACUAGCUCAUUAUUUUGUCUUAAAUGUUAGAGCACAGCUCAUUAUAGUUGAAAAGAGGCACUUCAAACUGGCAACAGAAAUAGUGUUGGUUCCCUUUCUAACUACCCUCAGUUUUUUGCCCUAGGACGGGAACCCUCGGCAGGUGCUGCUUGUUGAGACCAGGUGCGCUUCAUUUGCACAAUGGGCAAAUUAUUUGCAUCUUUAAAAAGGGCACAAUUAUGUAUCUCUCUUCAUAGACAGAAUGUAUAAGAACUAGUGGUAACAAGAAUUUGAAUUUGUUGGCUGUUGUAAAGUUGUUUCAGUUUUUUUUUUUUUUAAUUUAAAAUAUUGGGAUAAUUACCAUGUAAAGAGCUUGUUAAUAUUCAAGCACUAGAGAGUUUAGUACCUCCAGAUAUGUGGUUGCCUUUGGUCCUAGGAAUAUUGCUAAAAAUCUUAAUUUUUCACAUUCACUCUGUUCCUAUUUGGGGAAGAAAAUGAUCAUAGACAUUAAUUUUCCAUAUUGGUACUCAUUUUGUUAUAAUGAGUUACAAAUUUUUAUAAUUUGUUACAACUUUUUUGUUACAAAUGUUAAAGCAUUUUCAAUGCUGCUAUUGGAUUGCUUCCCCCUCCUUUAUGAUUCCCAGGUUUUCAUCCUUUCUACCUUGUCCCCUCCCCCAAUUAUAAUUAUGUCAGCCUUUGAGGAUCAAGGGAGAUCUGCUUAUUGGCAACAUUGAAAUUAACAAGUCAUUUAUUUUUCAAUCUCUCGAGUAUUGGGAAUUCUACCUGGAGCUGUUAUUUCAUCUUAACUUUGUGUUAGAUACUUUUGCUUGAUAGAUUUCUGACUUAAUCUGUUUAAUAAUAAAUUGUUUCCAAGUCACUGCUCACUUGUGAUAUUUUUAUAAAUCUUUGAAGAGUUUGUUUUGCCAUGGAUAGAAAGAAAUAAAGUGAAAUCUGACUUAGUUUAAAA